AUGAAGAUGUUGACAAGACUCCAAAUUCUUAUUUUAGCUUUGUUUUCAAAGGGAUUUUUACUCUCAUUAGGAGACCACAACUUUAUGAGGAGAGAAAUUAAAAUAGAAGGUGACCUUGUUUUAGGUGGUUUAUUUCCUAUUAAUGAAAAAGGCACUGGAACCGAAGAGUGUGGGCGAAUCAAUGAAGACCGGGGUAUCCAACGCCUGGAAGCCAUGUUGUUUGCUAUUGAUGAAAUCAACAAAGACAAUUACUUGCUACCAGGAGUGAAGCUGGGUGUUCACAUUUUGGAUACGUGUUCCAGGGAUACCUAUGCAUUAGAGCAGUCAUUGGAGUUUGUUAGGGCAUCUUUGACUAAAGUGGAUGAAGCUGAAUAUAUGUGUCCUGAUGGAUCAUAUGCUAUUCAAGAAAACAUCCCACUGCUCAUUGCAGGAGUCAUUGGUGGUUCAUACAGCAGUGUUUCCAUACAGGUGGCAAACCUGCUGAGGCUCUUCCAGAUCCCUCAGAUAAGCUAUGCCUCCACCAGCGCCAAACUCAGCGACAAGUCGCGCUAUGAUUACUUUGCCAGGACCGUGCCCCCUGACUUUUACCAGGCCAAAGCCAUGGCCGAGAUCUUGCGCUUCUUCAACUGGACCUAUGUGUCCACUGUUGCUUCUGAGGGUGACUACGGGGAGACGGGGAUUGAGGCCUUCGAGCAGGAAGCCCGACUGCGCAACAUCUGCAUAGCCACUGCAGAAAAGGUGGGCCGCUCCAACAUCCGCAAGUCCUACGACAGCGUGAUCCGUGAGCUGCUGCAGAAACCCAAUGCGCGGGUCGUGGUCCUAUUCAUGCGCAGUGACGACUCACGGGAACUGAUCGCAGCAGCCAGCCGUGUGAAUGCCUCCUUCACCUGGGUGGCCAGCGACGGCUGGGGCGCGCAGGAGAGCAUCAUCAAGGGCAGUGAGCACGUAGCCUAUGGCGCCAUCACCCUGGAGCUGGCAUCCCACCCUGUUCGCCAGUUCGACCGCUACUUCCAGAGCCUCAACCCCUACAACAAUCACCGCAACCCCUGGUUCCGAGACUUCUGGGAGCAGAAGUUCCAGUGCAGCCUCCAGAACAAGAGAAACCACAGACGGGUUUGCGACAAGCACCUGGCCAUUGACAGCAGCAAUUAUGAGCAAGAAUCAAAGAUCAUGUUUGUGGUGAACGCCGUGUAUGCCAUGGCGCAUGCGCUGCACAAAAUGCAGCGUACCCUCUGCCCUAACACCACCAAGCUCUGUGAUGCCAUGAAGAUCCUGGACGGAAAGAAAUUGUACAAGGAUUAUUUGCUGAAAAUCAACUUCACGGCUCCAUUCAACCCAAAUAAAGGAGCAGACAGCAUUGUCAAGUUUGACACUUUUGGAGAUGGGAUGGGAAGAUACAACGUGUUCAACUUCCAGCAUAUAGGUGGAAAGUAUUCCUACUUGAAGGUUGGCCACUGGGCAGAAACUUUAUCUCUAGAUGUGGACUCUAUCCACUGGUCCCGGAACUCAGUCCCCACUUCCCAGUGCAGCGAUCCCUGUGCCCCCAAUGAAAUGAAGAAUAUGCAGCCAGGGGAUGUUUGCUGCUGGAUCUGCAUCCCCUGUGAGCCCUAUGAAUACCUGGUUGAUGAGUUUACCUGUAUGGAUUGUGGGCCUGGCCAGUGGCCCACUGCUGAUCUAUCUGGAUGCUACAAUCUUCCAGAGGAUUACAUCAAGUGGGAGGAUGCCUGGGCAAUCGGUCCAGUCACCAUUGCCUGCCUGGGUUUUAUGUGUACAUGCAUAGUUAUUACUGUUUUCAUCAAGCACAACAACACACCCUUGGUCAAAGCAUCGGGCCGAGAACUCUGCUACAUCUUGUUGUUUGGAGUUAGCCUGUCCUAUUGCAUGACAUUCUUCUUCAUUGCCAAACCAUCGCCUGUCAUCUGUGCAUUGCGCCGGCUUGGGCUUGGAACCUCCUUUGCCAUCUGUUAUUCAGCUCUGCUGACCAAGACAAACUGCAUUGCUCGAAUCUUUGAUGGUGUCAAGAAUGGCGCUCAAAGGCCAAAAUUCAUCAGCCCCAGUUCUCAGGUUUUUAUCUGCCUGGGUUUGAUACUGGUGCAAAUUGUGAUGGUGUCUGUUUGGCUUAUCCUGGAGACUCCAGGCACCAGAAGAUACACCCUUCCAGAGAAGCGGGAAACAGUCAUCUUAAAAUGCAAUGUCAAAGAUUCCAGCAUGUUGAUCUCUCUGACCUAUGAUGUGGUCCUGGUGAUCCUAUGCACUGUAUAUGCCUUCAAAACAAGGAAGUGUCCUGAAAACUUCAAUGAAGCCAAGUUCAUAGGCUUCACCAUGUAUACCACCUGCAUCAUCUGGUUGGCAUUCCUCCCUAUAUUUUAUGUGACAUCGAGCGACUACAGAGUGCAGACGACAACAAUGUGCAUCUCUGUUAGCUUGAGUGGUUUCGUGGUCUUGGGCUGUUUGUUUGCCCCCAAGGUACACAUCGUCCUGUUCCAACCCCAGAAGAAUGUGGUCACGCACAGGCUUCACCUCAACAGGUUCAGUGUCAGCGGAACUGCCACCACAUAUUCUCAGUCGUCUGCAAGCACAUAUGUCCCGACGGUGUGCAACGGAAGGGAAGUCCUCGACUCUACCACCUCAUCUCUGUGA